GGCUCUUGGGAGUGUUCGCGGUGUCGAUAUUCGUCCUGCGGAGGAUUCGGCAACGAGGGGGAGGAGUACACCCGACACUUUUUCAAGUUCCUGAUAACGAUGCGCUCAGCAAGUUCAUUCGAGGGUUGUAUAACUUUUACGAGGAAGAAGUCUACCACCUUGAACCGCUGCGAUAUCCGUUCAGAGUUUGGCUCGUGGAGGAUCUCCCUAAGCGCAUGAUAGGACAGCUUGAGCCAUAUCUCUUGGGCAAGUACACAAACAGGAAGUUAUUGGAGGGUUGGGAGACCUGGAAAAAGGACACGGGCGAUAUUCUCAAGUCAAAGCGAUGCACCGCAGGAGUAGUACGCGCGACAUGGCGUUUCUUGGAACCGGGAUUCAAAUUGAUCCACCCGAAAGAAGAUUUAAUCGUCGAGCAUUACCCUCGCAGCCAAGACGAACGAGUGAUUUGCGAUUUGCAACUCAAACUACAGUCCUCUGGCCAAAAUGCCAUCCUGGUGGAAGCCGUCGACCCAGUGGCCAUUGAAAACUACGCCUAUAACCUUGUACAGCUAGCAGCGGGUGAGAGCUCUUCGAGCUUUGAGGGUGAACUACCCGAGACUUUUGUCGGACACGAAGCAAUUCUCUCGAAGUUAUCAUACAAAAUAAUGGACGACUGGGCAAAUGCACCCCGUUGGGCUCUCGUCUAUGGCGGGAACAUUUAUGUCCUCUACCUUGUGAUUCCCAUGUUAGUCGGCCAACAAAGAAGAUGUUCAUUUAUUUCCUCUGGUUCCCUUUCUCUCGAUGAUUGGAAUGAGCCCUACUUCGCUCUCAUGCUUUACAUGAUGACUUCCUCUCAUAUGACUCAUGAGCAGCUCCUCCAAACACUGCGAAUCGAGGUGCCUUCGGAAUACAAACUUGCUUCGCCCAAUCAGGCAAAUGACGCCUCUACGGAGACCGCCUCCACGAGGUCCAUUCAAAAUAAUUCCCUCUCCACCAUCCAAACUGUAUACCUGUCGACGCCACUGGGUCCCCCGGCCGGAUUUCCUUUUCAUCGCUUGCUGGAUAAUGGUCGAUACAUUACUUCUCGCAAAUCUCGUUCCCGUAGAAAUAUUCCGGCACUUUCUUUGCAGCACGUCGUCACCGAAACUACUAGCAUUGUAUAUCGAGCCAAUGGGAUUAUUGUGAAAACCGCGUCCCCUAAAUGUCAGGAACAACUCGACAACGAGGCCAAGGUCUACCAGCACCUAAUGAAGACCGAUGCGGCGAGGUAUAUUCCCACCUUUUACGGCUACUUUGGAUAUCGUACUAUGAAGGCUAUCAUCUUGUCUGACGAAGGGCCGGCUCCGUUCAAUGAUUUUCGCGAAGCUCCGGAUGAUUUGAAGACCAACAUCUUUACUGCAAUGUUGGAGAUCCAUAAAGCGAACGUCGCCUUGGAGGAACUGGAAGCCU